ACGUCCGCCUCUGGGGUUACAUUCGUGGAUACUCGGUGGCGCGAGGUGAUUGGGCGCUGGGCCUCGGUGCCAAAUUAUCGUUUGGUUUCUUUCUUGCCGGGCGAGUGCCGAUCGCAUAGACUGGUUCUGCGAUAAGACGGUCCCGCAUCGGCUACCUACCCAGUAUGUCUCCCACGAUGGAUAUAAGGUGAGCCCCAUUUCCCUCGCCUGGCCAUCUCGAUUCCAUCGUGCGUUCCUUCCUCGUCGAAAAAAAAAAAAAACGGGUGUCCAGUUUCACUCGGCUUUUUUUUGUGGGAUUCCCUCGCCCUCCGUCCUUUCAACAUGUCUUCAGAUCAAGCGGUCGAGUCUGUCCGACCGCAACAACAGGACGGUAACUUCGCCAUGGACAACAAGGCGGAAAUCGAAGCCAAUGAGAAGGCCUUGGCCAUGACGCCAGACGGCGAGGAGCCCAACGAGGAGGAGAAGAGAACGAUCCGUCACGUCGCCGAGAACCUGCCUGUCUCAGCAUGGCUGGUAGCCAUUGUUGAGCUGUGCGAGCGUUUCACCUACUAUGGAAUGUCGGGUUUGUUCCAGAACUAUAUCAACAACCCUCUCGACGGCAGCAGUGGACCUGGUGCUUUGGGUAUGGGCCACCAGGGAGCCACUGGUCUCACCACAUUUUUCCAAUUCUGGUGCUACUUGACCCCCAUUUUGGGUGCCAUCGUCGCCGAUCAGUACCUCGGCAAAUACAAGACCAUCGUCCUUUUCUGUAUUGUCUACUUGGUCGGUUUGCUCAUUCUGGUCUGCACUUCGAUCCCUGUGGCUCUUCAGAAUGGUGCUGGAUUGGGAGGCUUCAUUGUCGCUAUCCUCAUCAUUGGUCUGGGAACGGGUGGAAUCAAGAGUAACGUCGCUCCUCUGAUUGCCGAUCAAUACAAGCGUAAGAAGAUGGCCUUGUCGACCACCAAGAAGGGCGAGCGAGUCAUUAUCGACCCCGCUCUGACCAUCCAGCGCAUCUACAUGAUUUUCUACGGCUGUAUCAACGUAGGCUCCCUCUCUCUGCUGGCGACCCCGUACAUGGAAAAAUACAUUGGCUUCUGGUCUGGGUACCUGCUUUGCCUGUGCAUGUUUGCGUGUGGUACCAUGGUUCUUAUCUUCGGACGCAAGUUCUACGUUGUUCGCCCUCCCCAGGGUUCGAUUAUCACCGACGCUUUCAAGGCUCUUUGGAUCAUGGUGCUCCACCGUAACAUGGAUGGUCCCAAGCCCAGCUGGCAAGCAGCCAAUGGCGGCAGACGGACCAACCUGCCCUGGGAUGAUCACUUCAUCGAUGAGCUCAAGCGUGCCCUUGUGGCUUGCCGCGUUUUCUGUUUCUACCCCAUCUACUGGGUGGUCUACGGUCAAUUCUCGAGCAACUUCGUCACGCAAGCUGGUCAGAUGGACGGCCAUGGCAUCCCCAACGAUCUGAUGCAGAACUUUGACCCUAUUUCCAUCAUCGUCUUUAUUCCUUUCUUGGAAACGGUCGUUUACCCCAUCAUGCGUCGUCUGCGCAUCCCAUUCCGCCCCAUUACUCGUAUCUCCUUGGGAUUCGUGGUUGCUUCUCUUGCCAUGAUGUAUGCCGCUAUCGUUCAGCAUCUCAUCUACGCCGCUGGCCCUUGCUACGAACAUCCAGGUUGUGAUGCCUCCGUGGUGAACGGCCAGAGUCAGGGCAACAACGUCCACAUUGCCGUCCAAACGCCCGCCUACAUGUUCAUCGGUAUCUCUGAGAUUUUCGCCUCCGUCUCCGGUUUGGAGUAUGCGUACACCAAGGCCCCUCCCACUAUGAAGUCUUUCGUACAGUCGAUGUACCUCCUCACCAACGCCUUUGGUGCCGCCAUUGCCGAAGCUCUUACUCCCGCCGCCUACGACCCAGCAAUCAUGUGGAUGUUCGCUGGUCUGGCUAUUGCGUCCUUCCUGGCUGGUAUCAUAUUUUGGCUCGUCUACCACCACCUCAACUCCCAGGAAGAUGAGAUGAAUGCCCUCGACGCUGAGGAUCCUGACACCUCUGUUCCUGACAGCUCUGCUCCUGCGCAGUCCAGCGAGAAGAACUAAGGUGUUUGUUUUCUUUUUUCUAAUGUUUAUUUCCUUUUUACUGUACAAUAAUGUCUACCUAUGGCUGCAUAACAUACCCAAGCAGUGACGAUGGAUAUGAUCUAUCAUGCAUUCUCGCGCAGGUUCGCCUGCUGAGCAGAUGAGAGCUGAUGCGAAUGAAAUACAUAUGUAAAUAAUCAAAUAUGA